AUGGCCGCGAGGGGCGGCACGUCCUCGCCAUCGGUCCUCGGCCUCUUCGUCACCACCACUGCGACGCCGGCCGUCCGCCCGUGCGCGCCGCGCCGCCUCGCUUCGGUCGGCCGCAUCCAUCCGCAUGCCGCUCGCGUCCGCUCUCCUCUAUGCUGCGCCUCCCUUGCUCCUCCGUUUGCUCCUCCGAGGCAAUGGCCAGAUAAUGAUAUGAUUCGGACGCUGCCCGAAUACUGCCCGUGCACUGGCUCGUUCCGGCCAGCUGCGGCGCUCACUGUCGUGCCUAUCUUCUGUUGCAUCUCCGUGGGCCUCCUCCCCAUGCUAAGUCGCAAGGAGCAGCAGUGCAUGACCUCUCAGCCGUGCCGCCUCUGCUCAUUCCUGCCCGCCACUGGUACGUACGCCAAUAAUUGUCCACUGUAUAUUGGAUUUGCUCAUCUUUUCUUCCUUACUUCUUCUCCCCCUCCAAGCUACAAAGGCAGAGUUCCAUCCAACUCCUCCCCUCGAGUUUCACCUAAUGAGACUGCAGCUCCUGUUGCUUCCAGCCCUCUUGCAAAGAAGUUGGCAAAGAGUUCGAGCUUCAAUUCCAAAGCAGGUAAUCCUGCUAUCUCAUCAAACAGUGGGGAGGAUUCACCCAAACCUAAAUCCAUGGCAGCAAGCUUAGCCACCACCCCUGCAGCUGCCAAGGUGAUGCCAUCUGCAGCACCAAUUGUCAGUCAAACAGUAAGGAAGUCACUGUCAUACAAGGAAGUGGCAAUAGCUGCACCAGGAACUCUUGCCAAAGCGUUGAAUGAUGUGCAUACAAAGCAAAAGGAUGCAACUGAUCCAGCUGUAAAUCUUGAAAGUGCCAAGGCUCCCAAAGAAAGCAAUGUUCGCCCUUCUGAAGAGAAAAAUGGGGCAAUACAAGUGUCACCAAAGGAUAAUAAUUUGCAAGUAUCAAAAGCAACUGAUGAGCACAAAUCUCCCAGUUCUGAUACUGAACAAGCCAAUGGUUCGGUAGGAUCAAAUCAAGCUGAGAAGGCCUCAGAUUCAGCAGAGACAUCUACAGAGAAGAACCAAUCACCAGCAGCACUAGCGGACCUCCCAAAUGAAGAAGCAGCAACUUUGACUGAGGCAAAUGAUUCUUCCUCCAAUGAUGAUGAAAGAGGUCCAGGAGAGGAUAAUCAAGAACAGCUGUCUAGUGGGGCCGAAAAUGAGAAAUCUUCACCAUCUGGAAGUGAAAAGAAUGAUUCACCAGUAGAAGGUGCGAAAGAGACAGCCAGUAAACUUAAUGCUGCCGCUGCUCCAUUCAGUCCAGCCACCGUGCCAGCUUUUGGUUCAAUGGUCGUACCAGGUUUCAGAGAACACGCGGGACUAUUGCCAUCGCCAGCCAAUGUGCCCCCAAUGCUGGCCAUCCCUCUCCGUAAGCACCCUCACCAGUCUGCAACUGCAAGGGUCCCUUGUGGUCCACGUCUAGCCGGAGGGUUCAACAGAUCAGGGCACCGAGUGCCUCGUAACAAGCCUGUGUUGCCGAGUGGUGAAGUUCUUCCAGAGGCAGCCACAUCCCCUAAAGUGAUGAAUCCUCAUGCAGCGGAGUUUGUGCCGGGUCAAUCUCGUAGUCCUGAUGGCCAUCCAUCAUCUCCUAAUGAACCUCUGGCAUCGCCAGCUGGUAUUCAAGCAUCACAGGAUGGGCUUCCAUCAUCUCCAGAUAGUACUGUCGAGUCACCCAAGACUGCUUCCCCACAAGUGUCUGAAACUAGUGAGACUAGUCCUGAAGGAAAUGAUACAUCUAGUGGAAUUGAUGUUGAAGCUGAGGCUGAGAGCAAGAACACAGAGGAGAAGAACAACCAUGUGGAAUGUGAGGACAGUGAAGUGAAGCCUGAUGAAACUAUAGUUUCUGGAGGUGCUGAAGUUGAUGCAACAGCCCCAAUAGAUGCUCAAUAUGAUGCUUCAGCCCCAAAAUAUGCUCCAGAUGAUUCAAGCGUGACUGAAAAGCCAAAGUCCUGGGCUGAUUACAGUGAUGGAGAAGUCGAGGCCGUUCAGGUUGCGAGCUGAGAAAAGGUGGUCUUCUCAGCCUCUCAGGAGGAGAUGCUGGUUUUCUCGUUAGAGAAUUAGUUGCUUUCUGAUCUAUUUCAUGGUUUCUAGUACCUAUUUGUUUCUGCCGCCCUGCACGGCUGCACCGGUGCUAUGGUAUUGCAAGGGUUCGCAUUGCCAUGGAACUUUAAAGGUCUUCCGAAUGUCCCAACUGCCAUCAUGGUGACCUUGUUUCAGCUUGCUUUGUCAUUGCAAAGGAGCUUGGGAAGAUCAGAGAGGUGGUAAACACCCCAU